GGGGAAAAAAAUAGAAAAAAGGGACAAAUCCCACCCGUCAUGUCUUCUUGUUCAUCCUUUGUUUCCCCCUUGUAUUUCUUCCUCACUGUUCGCCUACUUAAAGUCCAAAACUUUGCUUCCGAUUCAACCCAUCUCUUCUUCCCUUGCGAAUAAUCGAUUCUUCUCUGAGGUUCUCUGCGAUUAACAGCACCUGGGUCCGGAUCCCCCGAAGCAGAUUUCUCGAAUGGAAGGCCCUUCCGCGAGUGGGUCGGCGUCGACGGUGUCGGACGAUGACAAUCUCGUCGUUUCUUACGAGGAUUCGUCUUGUCCGGUAGAGACCGAGAUCGAUCUCGGUCUCGCGUUGAGCCUCCGCCCGAACGGCCAACGGCAUUCUGGGGUCUCGUGCUCUGAGGAUUGUUCUUCCGCUUCUUCUUCGUUGAGCAGGGCUAGUGCGACGGCUGGGGUCAAGAGGGCAGCUGAUUCGAUGGCCGCGACUAAUGGGCAAGUUGUGGGAUGGCCACCGAUCAGAAGUUACAGGAUGAACAGCAUGGUUAACCAAGCCAAGACAUUAGCCACUGGAGAGCUGAGUCCAGAGAAUCGCGAAAACGUAAGCAAGAACAGAGCAAUUGUCAGAACCGAUUCAAAGAUCAGAAAUUCAAUGUUUGUGAAGGUUACUAUGGAUGGCAUUCCCAUUGGAAGAAAAGUUGAUCUGAACGCUCAUAGAUCCUACAAGUCAUUGUCAAAGACUCUGGAGGAAAUGUUUCUGAGACCUUCAGCAGGAUCAAAUGCACGAGAAAAUGAUGCCCACACAGGAAACCUUCUGGAUGGUUCUUCUGGAUUCGUGCUAACAUACGAGGACACAGAGGGAGACUGGAUGCUUGUUGGCGAUGUUCCAUGGGGGAUGUUCCUUUUCUCUGUCAGAAAGCUGCGGAUAAUGAGAACGUCGGAGGCCACCGGGACAACUCAGAUGAUCUCAUGAACCUAUCUGUGAAUCGUUUUUAACUUCAAGCCUAAUAAGGCAGAGGGGGAAGAAGACUGACACGUGAAGGGUCUUUGCUCUACUGUUUCAACCUAGUAUAUGUUUUUUUUGUUGUCCUUUCUAAAUCCAUGUCUUCCGUGGAGUAUAGACACUGUAUAUCAUCACACUUGAUGGUGAACUAUAAAAGAGUCCUGAGUUUUGCUUGUAAUUCGCACACAAAGAUGGCUGGCUGUGUGUGUGUAUGUAUGUAUGUAUAUAUACAGUAUAUGUGCAUGGAAAGACUCAAAGUUCUGUU